GUUGCGAAACGCCAGGAAAACCUGUCCUAGGGACUCCCAUUACUAUCCUUGCAGUACUCUGUGGUAGUCCUUUCAUACGCUCACGCCCAGCAUGAUCAUGUCAAACCCAGCAACCGAGCCCGCUGCGGCCGACGACAAGACUGCCGGGACUGCCCUUCCUUCUUCAUGGUACCGCACCCCAGCACUGUACGAACUCGAGCGCCGUGCCGUCUUUUCGAAGGAAUGGAUGUUCAUCACGCACAAGAAUCGCUUCACCAAGCCAGGGGACUACGUCCGCUACAAUGUCGCGAACCUGCCCUUCUUCCUGAUCAUGGACCGAUCAAAGAACAUCCGCGGCUUCCACAACGUCUGCCGUCACCGCGCAUAUCCCGUCAUCCGUCCCGAGGCUGAAGAUACAGGGACAAAAAGUAUCCUGGCCUGCUACUACCAUGGCUGGUCGUAUGGCCUGGAUGGCCGCUUGGCCAAAGCCCCACGCUUCGACGACGUCGAAGGGCUCGACAAGACCAAGAACGGCCUCUUCCCGAUCCAUGUGCACAUCGACGCCCGCGGCUUCGUCUGGGUCAACCUUGAAUCCUCGGAGACACCGAGCGUGAGCUGGGAAUCUCGCUUCGCCGGGUCCGACACGCGCGACCGCCUUGCCGAGUUCAAUAUGGACGAGUACGUCUUUGACCAUGCGUGGUCGAUGGAGGGUAAGUAUAAUUGGAAGGCCUGCGUGGAUAAUUAUAACGAGUGCUACCAUUGCCCAACCACGCACCCCUUAUUUGUCGACAACUGCGACCUCUCCGUCUACCGCGUCGAGGCCCACGGGGGCGAAGUCGUCCACUACAUCAAGGAUAAGCCGGGCAAGAGCACGAACUCGUAUGCGCCGAGUUUCUUCUUCCCCAAUGCGACCGUGAGCAUGACCGCACCGUACUGGUAUCUGAUGCGCAUCGUCCCGACCGGGCCUACAACAACGAUAAUGCAGUACGAAGUCUACCGUAACAGUCGGCUUUGCCCGACCUCCGACGACGCCUCGUUCACGCACAUGGACGCCUUCUUCAAACAAGUCGAAGCCGAAGACAAGGCCCUCAACGACGCCGCUCAGACAAAUCUCAACACGGGCACUUACUCGACCGGCAAACUCCAUCCAAGCCAGGAGAGGGGCGUGCUACAUUUCCAGAAACUCCUACGUGAAGCCGUCAUGGAGCAUCGCCAACUGGAGAAAGAUGCCCAGCAUGAGAUAUGGCCGGCGAGACUGUCCACAAUAUCCGAGAACGGAGAGAAUGAGGAUGUCAAGUUUUGUGCAGAUCUUGAGGCCUGUUCAGUGGACAAGGCGGUAGACUGGUAGAGAUAGGGGAAGACAAGACACUUUUAAGUAAAAAAAGCCUAGUAUCACUGUCACUGGCACAGUCUCAGCGAAACAAAACACGCAGGAAUGAGAUAUGAGACCGUUCAAAUUGUUCGUCAGACGUGGAAAUGAAUUACAUGGAAAGAAGUGUGAAAAUGUGCAUGAUUGCCCCGAAGAGAAGAAAAUGUCCAAUGACCAGCUCAGGAAUCGCUCAAAAAAGCAGGUAGCUCCUAG